AUGGCUGAAACAGUUGUGGAAAAGCUCAAGAGCACAUUGACCUCCGGGGCCGAAGAAGUGGCGGAUAUCAAGGAUCAUUCUGGGAAUGUAAUCGUCGUUUCGAACAGACUUCCUGUGACCAUCAAGAAGAAUAACACUACAGGCGAAUAUGAAUACUCGAUGUCUUCCGGUGGUCUUGUAACGGCCCUGCAGGGCUUGAAAAAAGCGACAACCUUCCAGUGGUAUGGGUGGCCCGGUCUCGAGAUUCCAGACGAGGAGAAGGAAACGGUAAAAAAGGAUCUGCUGGAAAAGUUCAACGCGAUCCCGAUUUUUUUGACGGACGAGAUCGCAGAACUGCACUACAACGGGUUCAGUAAUUCGAUUCUGUGGCCGCUGUUCCAUUACCAUCCCGGUGAAAUCAAUUUCGAUGAAAACGCUUGGCUGGCAUACAACGAGGCCAACAUGGCUUUUGCCCGGGAAAUCGAGAAAAACGUGGCGGAUGACGACAUCGUUUGGGUCCACGACUACCAUCUGAUGCUUCUGCCCGAGUUGCUGAGGUCCGGCAUGAAGGGCAAGAAUCUUAAAAACGUGAAACUUGGGUGGUUCUUACACACACCCUUCCCAUCCUCUGAAAUUUACAGGAUUUUGCCUGUUAGACAAGAAAUUCUGAGAGGCGUGCUGAGCUGCGACCUCGUGGGUUUCCACACUUACGAUUACGCUCGACACUUUCUCAGCUCCGUGCAAAGAGUGCUGGACGUGAAUACUUUGCCCAACGGCGUGGAAUACGAGGGCAGAUUCGUCAACGUGGGUGCGUUCCCUAUCGGCAUUGAUGUAGACACCUUCACCGACGGUCUUAAAGAAGAAAGUGUGAUAGACAGAAUCCGAAAGCUCAAAGAGACCUUCAAAGACGUGAAGAUCAUCGUUGGGGUCGACAGACUGGAUUACAUUAAAGGUGUCCCCCAAAAGCUGCACGCAAUGGAGGUGUUCUUGAACGAGCAUCCUGAGUGGAUUGGGAAAGUUGUGCUUGUGCAAGUUGCGGUGCCUAGCCGUGGGGACGUGGAAGAGUACCAGUAUCUGAGAUCUGUGGUCAACGAGCUGGUCGGCAGAAUAAACGGCCAAUUCGGCACGGUUGAAUUUGUCCCAAUUCAUUUCAUGCACAGAAGCAUUCCCUUCGAGGAAUUGAUUUCGCUGUAUGCAGUAAGCGACGUGUGUCUCGUCUCGUCGACACGCGACGGUAUGAAUUUGGUAUGUUACGAGUACAUUGCGUGCCAGCAAGAAAAGAAGGGUUCUCUGAUCUUGAGUGAGUUUACAGGCGCAGCACAAUCUUUGAAUGGCGCUUUUAUUGUCAAUCCUUGGAAUACAGACGAACUUGCGGAGUCUAUUCAAGAGUCUUUGACGCUUCCAGAUGAAAAGAAGGAUGCUAAUUGGGAAAAGCUCUACAAAUACAUCUCCAAAUACACUUCCGCGUUUUGGGGUGAGAAUUUUGUCAACGAACUUUACAGGAUAAAGCCUACUGGUAAUGACAACACUACAGGGCAUCAGCAAUAG